AUGUCUUUACCAACUACUAUGAAUGCCGUUGUUAUUUCCGGUGAUGUUCCAGCUGUCAAGCAAGUUCCAUUACCACCAUUAGAAGAUGGUCACGUCUUAUUAAAGACCAAAGCCAUUGCCGGUAAUCCAACCGAUUGGAAACAUAUCGCUUUCAAGAUUGGACCUCAGGGAUCAAUCUUAGGUUGUGAUGUUGCUGGUGAAAUUGUUAAAAUCGGUGAAAAUGUCGACUCCAAAGAAUUUCACCUUGGUGAUCAUGUCUUUGGAUUUGUUCACGGUGCUUCUGUAAGAUUACCAACCAAUGGUGCUUUUGCUGAAUAUGUUGCAUUGGAUUCCAAAUUAGCUUACCACUGUCCAACAAAUUGUGAAUUAUCAGGUAAAGAUUCAUUACCUGAGGGCCCUGUUACUAACUAUGAAGGUUGUGUUACUUUGCCAGUCUCAUUAACUACAGCAGGUGUUGCUUUAACUCAUAAUUUAGGUAAUAAAUUAGAAUGGGAACCAACUGAACCACAACAUAAUUUCCCAAUCCUAUUAUGGGGUGGUGCUACAGCCAUUGGUCAACCAUUAAUCCAAUUAGCUAAAAAAUUACACGGUUAUUCUAAGAUUAUUGUUGUAGCUUCAAGAAAACAUGAAAAACAAUUGAAAGAAUAUGGUGCUGAUGAAUUAUUUGAUUAUCAUGAUGCUGAUGUUAUUGAACAAAUCAAGGCUAAAUAUCCAAAUAUUCAACAAUUAGUUGAUUGUGUUUCAAACAAAGAAACUAUUCAACAAGUUUAUAAGUGUGCUUCUGAUAAUGAACCUGCUACUGUAUUACAAUUAGUUACUUAUACUAUUAAGGAUAUUAAACCAGAAGAUAGAAAGGAUAAUGUGAAGAUUACAGGCACUUUACUAUAUGUUGCCGCUGGUCAUGAUGUUCCAUUUGGUUCUUUCACACUUCCAAAGGAUUUAGUCUACAGAGAACAUACCAGAGAAUUCAUUAAAUUCAUUAACCCUAAAUUAGUGUCUGGUGAAAUUCAUCAUAUUCCAGUUAAAGUAUACAAGGGUCUAGAAGGUGCUGUUCAAAUCACUGAUGAUAUUAAGAACAACAGAAACUCUGGUACAAAGUUAGUUGCUGUUUUGAACUAA